AACACUCGACGUCACACAAGCAGUAUUUCUAUUUACGGCAAAGAAGAAUGCAAUACAUGAAAUAUACACCGAGCGAGAGAUGUUUAUGAAUAGAGCGGAAAUGGAUUACAUGUUUGAUUCGAAAUCGUUGUCGUAUAACUCAAAGAGUGUUUUUGAGAACGUUAGUAAACUGAACAUUGGAGAACCAAAUCUUCACUGGAGCGAUUGCCAAGCGACAGGCUGACCAAACACAGAAAGAGUGUGAGUAUGGCACCAUUCAUCCUCUGUCCACCUCGCCCACUGUCCCAUCAGUGUCAUCUACCUCAGGCAGCUUUAUACAAGCAAUCCAAGAUGAGUCCCGAGUUGUCAUCUAAUACGCAGAGAACGCAUGAGGAUCUACCUCUUAGACAUUCUGCAAUAGGGAUUAUCUACUCCAUGCUACUGAAGAUCAGACUCCAUCUGUGGCAGGUCAUCCAGAGAGUUGUGAAGUGCUGUAUGAGUGUGAAAGAGCUUUUUAGCUCCAAGAUGUUUUUCUUAACUUGUGUGGGAAAAAACAUGGCCAUGACAGGCGACUUGAAGAUGAGUGGUGUGGAGGCCCAGGAGAGGCCUGGUUGGGAAUUAAGGAAUGAAAGCAUGAGUUUGGUCAACAUUGAAAAGGAGAUAAAGGAUCCCGAGAUGAAAGCAAUAAUGGGGCUAGAUGAUGAUGAAUUAAUCUGGCCUGCUGAAAAGCAAGAAUUGUCUGUGAAUGAUUCUGAUAAAGAGGAGGAUGAUGAAGGUCCCAGCCUCUCAGAAUGGCUGGAAUGGGAGUCUGAAGAUGAAAUUGAAGAGAUUAAUGACAAUGAUGAUGAGGAAGAUGAAAAGCAUCCUCCACAAGAUGAGGACUGUGAAUCAGAGCGUGAUGAGGAUGUGGAUUCUGAAUGGUCAGAUGAUGAUGAUGAUGGUGAUGAUUCGGAGGCAUCAGCAGAGAGCCUUGAGCUCUGGGAAUCCUUCCUCAACAGCAGUGACCCCUAUAACCCUCUGAGCUUCUCCUCCUCCACUGGAUCUAGAACAAACUUCACAAGCACAACCGAAAACCAGCUAACCCUGUGCUCACAAAUAAAACAAGUUAAGCAUACAACAUCAAAGGCAGCAGAGGAGCAUUAUCAAAAACCAAGCACAAAGGAGGGUGUGAAGAAGGUAUGUUUCAGUGAUGAGAUAACUGUACAUCCCCUGGUGGCUUGGAGUUUCGCUAGCAGGGCAGCACGGGAUGGUUCCUGUUGGCUGCAGAUGGCCAGAGACAGAGUGCGUUUUAGAAGAAGAGUGGAGAAUACUGAGAAAGUCAUUAAGCUCUGCCUGACACCUGAACACAGAGCUUGUGUUUGGAAGAGACUUCAGAGAGAAACUUUGUCAUAAUAAUCCAUCUUGAUUUAUUAUUACAAUAUAAAGUGAUGUAGCAGUCUAGAUGUUUGGAAUGGUGUCAUUUGUAGUGCUUUUAAUCUCAGAAAACGUAAUGUUUUUUUACCGAGUUUCAUAUAUAUAUAUUUUUUAAUUGCACUUGUAAACGUUAUUUUAUUGUACAACAAAACACUGUGAAACCGUUUAUGUAGCAACUGAUGACAUAUUAAACUUUUCCACAAUUUA